GACCGGAUCUGCAUCCCCGGUGUCCGGGCGUACAUCGGAGCGCCGUUCGCUCAUUAGUCAUGUUACUGCCGCACAGGGAACCAUUUCAGGACAUCCAUAACCCCAAGAAAUUUGGUCUUGAGUCUUAGUCGAAAGGAAAAAGUUCCCAGUGGAUUCUUUCUUGUGAUUAUAUUUAGAUCACCAUGGACCUCAGAUAAGGAUGUAAAUGACCAUGGACUGGGAAGGCCACAAGAACAUUUCUCUCCAGAAAUAUAGCCAAGUGGGGUGGGUGACAAGACAUUUGUUCUGCCUCAGGUGGCAUUGACGUCGUGUGGGAAGCAGAGGGUCCCAGUCCUGUCUUGAAGGUCCCUGCAGGGUAGGGACUCUGUGGCAACCAUGGAAGCCAUAGCAAAGUAUGACUUUAAAGCGACAGCAGAUGAUGAACUAAGCUUCAAACGAGGAGACAUACUGAAGGUCUUGAAUGAAGAAUGUGACCAAAACUGGUACAAAGCUGAGCUCAAUGGAAAAGAUGGAUUUAUUCCCAAAAACUACAUAGAAAUGAAACCACAUCCGUGGUUUUUCGGCAAAAUACCACGCGCCAAAGCGGAGGAGAUGCUUGGGAAACAGAGACCUGAUGGUGCCUUUUUGAUCCGAGAAAGUGAAAGCGCUCCAGGAGACUUCUCCCUUUCUGUCAAGUUUGGCAAUGAUGUACAACAUUUCAAGGUCCUGCGAGAUGGUGCAGGAAAAUACUUCUUGUGGGUGGUAAAGUUUAACUCUCUGAAUGAGCUAGUAGACUACCAUCGGUCCACGUCUGUGUCUCGGAACCAGCAGAUCUUCUUAUGUGACAUCGAGCAGGUGCCACAGCAACCUACCUAUGUUCAGGCACUGUUUGACUUUGACCCCCAAGAAGAUGGGGAACUCGGAUUUCGACGGGGAGACUUCAUCCAAGUGGUAGACAACUCAGAUCCCAAUUGGUGGAAAGGGACAUGUCAUGGGCAGACUGGCAUGUUUCCACGCAACUAUGUGACACCUGUCAGCCGAAAUCUGUAACUAGAGUCUUCACUGGACCAGAGGCCAAGAAGGAGCACAGGCAGACUUAUCUAGAAGGGAUUGACUAUGAUGCCAAUAGGAGCAUACAGAGUAAAAAAGAUUUAACAAAAUCAAACAACCAUGGUUGAUAACUAACAUACAAGACAACUAGGCCUGCACGAUAUAUCGCAAUGACAAUCAAAUCGUGAUUAUUGCCAAUUGCGAUAUGUCAAUUUGGCCCUUGUCAAAAUUAGGCAAUUUACCCACCCUGGCUCAGGCAGCGGCUCAGGUUCUGGCAGAAGCUCAGGCUAGGACAGCAGCAACAGUGACUGCAGGUCAGACUCAGGUUAAAGGGCACUCACGCAGGGCAGCACUGCGCAGCAAACUGGAGUGUAGAGAUCAGAGGGUGGUGUCACAACAGGUUAGGGGUAGAUCCACCACUCCUGGGCAGCCCAGUGUAGUAGACUUCGUCAAUGCAGGGGAAUGGCUAUGAGGGCAGGGAAAUGACUAUAUGAGGAGGAAUAGCUAUAAGAGGAGGGGGGUGGGAUUUUAAGAAAGAAUGGCUAUAUGAGAGAAAGGGGAUGACUAUAUGUGAAGAAAAGGCUACAUGAGGGAGGGGGAAUUGAUAUAUGAAGAUGAAUGGCUAUAUGAGGAGAAAUAUAUAGCCUGUCCCCCCCUCAUAUGAGCCAUAUAGUCAUUCCCCUCAUUUCAUAUAAUGAAAUAAGGGGAAUGUCUAUAUGAAAUAGGGGGAUUGGACAUGAAAAGGGGGGGUUUCACCAUUUGUUUAUUGUAUCGCAAUCGCAUAUCGAAAUCACAAUAUUUACCUCUAUAAUUGCAAUCACACAUUUUCCGAAAACUGUGCAGCUUUAUUGGCAACUGCAUUCCUCGCCAUGGGACAAGCAAAUAAACCUAUUUUAGGUGUGUCCAGCUCUAACAUAAAGAUAAACAGAGGACUCAGCUUUCCACCAGCUUACAUGGGUGGUUAAAUUAAGGACAUGAUUAGACUGUGGUUCAGUGGGACCAAUAUGUUAGUUGCAGAAGGAGCCAUCUGUCAGAGCACCUGCAACCAGACUGUUGUUCCCUACCAUGCGGAUAGAAGGGGAUUUUUCCAACAAUGGAGUUCUUGGUCAAGCAUUUGGUUUGCAGAUUGAGAUUUGAAUGGCAAAGAAAAUGCUAAUUUAUUUAACUGUUCUUGUUGUUUACUUUUAUGCAAAUAAAAUUUUUAUAAUUGCACUA